AUGGGAAGCUUUGGGAAGUUGGGGCAAUGGCCUCUACUUGCAUUUACUUUGGCAAUUUGCUUAGUAGCCAGCACUGCUGUUGCUGAUUACUCUUAUGGUUACACUUCUUCCUCUCCUUCAAAGUACUACAAGUCGCCUUCUCUGUCAAAACAUCAAGUGCCCUCUUCUUACUACAAGAAACCAACAACACCUAUUGAACAUUAUCCAUCACACUACUACAAGUCGACUGCUCCAUCAAAGUAUCAUAGCCAUUCAUAUAAACAUUCUCCAUCACACUAUUACAAGUCGCCUGCUCCUUCAAAGUACAUCUAUAAAUCACCCCCUCCACCAUACUACAAGCUAUCUUCAUCUUACUACAAGUCCCCUCCACCUCCACCAAAGUACGUGGAGAAGUCACUAGCCUACUACAAGUCACCCCCUCCACCAUACUACAAGCCAUCUCCGUCUUACUACAAAUCCCCUCCACCUCCACCAAAGUAUGUCGAGAAGUCACCAGCCUACUACAAGUCACCCCCUCCACCAUACUACAAGCCAUCUCCGUCUUACUACAAAUCCCCUCCACCUCCACCAAAGUAUGUCGAGAAGUCACCAGCCUACUACAAGUCACCCCCUCCACCAUACUACAAGCCAUCUCCGUCUUACUACAAAUCCCCUCCACCUCCACCAAAGUACGUCGAGAAGUCACCGGCUUACUACAAGUCACCCCCUCCACCAUACUACAAGCCAUCUCCAUCUUACUACAAACCCUCUCCACCACCACCAAAGUAUAUUGAGAAGUCACCAGCCGACUACAAGUCACCACCUCCACCGUACUACAAGCCAUCUCCAUCAUAUUAUAAAUCCCCUCCACCACCGCCAAAAUACAUCGAGAAAUCACCAACCUACUACAAGUCACCCCCUCCACCAUACUACAAACCAUCUCCAUCUAACUACAAAUCCCCUCCACCUCCACCAAAGUACAUCGAGAAGUCACCAGUCUACUACAAGUCACCCCCUCCACCAUACUACAAUUCAUCUCCAUCUAACUACAAAUCCCCUCCACCUCCACCCAAGUACAUUGAGAAGUCCCCAACCUACUACAAGUUACCCCCUCCACCACACUACAAUUCACCACCACCACCAGCAACAAACUACUACAAGCAAACACCCACGUAUGCCUCACCUCCACCACCUGCAAAGUACAAGCAAUCUCCCACCUAUAGUUCACCUCCACCCCCACCAACCUACUACUGA